AUGGCGAACCCAACAAACCAAAAUUCUAACACAGAAAAAUUCAAUGAGAUGAUGAGGAGAUCAAGUGAUAGACUAAGAGGUGGAUCAGUACCACCCCCAGACUCGGAACCCGUAGUAAUCAGUCCGGCCACAACUAACCAAUGUGGGAGAGGUCGCGGACGUGGACGUCGUAACGGAGUGUCCUCUGGUCGGAAUGCUACCCAGGUAUCGAAUGACGGAGUCGUGACACCGGUGGUUACACUUACGGUUCCUGGAGGAAACGAACCACCCCCCCCACCUUUACCGGCACCAUCGGCACAAGACGCUAGUUCUAACAGUCAGAAUUCUGCUCAACCGGCAAGUGAGGUAGUUGUUGACCCUCAAGUUAAUACUGGAACAUCGGUUCUGUACUCUGCUGGGAUCAUCGCACGAGACAACGUAGUCAUUACACAACCCUUGCGAUCACCAACUCGUAGGAACACCAUCACAGCCGUACGAGAGAGCCCUCCGAGGGGUUUGAAUUCUUGGCUCCUGGCGAACGGUUUAAUUGUCGUCAAUAACCCGAUUGGGUCUUCGCCUGCGAGGCAGGGUGUUACGUCGGCCGUUCCGAAAGAACCAGCUUCGGGCAAUCCAAACCAAAGAUCAUCAACCGCUAUUACGGCAGCGUCUGUAUUGCCAGCGUCAAACCCAGCAGCCAGUGUCACUGUGCCGGCUAAGAAGAAAGUCGUAGAUCUGACAAAGGAAGCAGAUGAAGUUAACAAAGACUCAGCAGAAUUGACCACUAAGAAGAAAGCUGAAGUCGGCAAGGCUGGUAUCCAAACUCAUGGUCUAGUUGCCUUAUCGAAGUACUGGGACGAUAAGAUGAGACCCAUGGAUGGCUAUGUCCCCCUUUCUAUUUUCAAUCCCGUCUGGUUGCGACAAGACUUGCUUAGAAUCAAACCCAAAAAUGCGAAAGAUAAGGACGAGACUCGUUAUACUGGGUUGAAUGUUCCAGAGGAAUGGAAAAUGACAUUUGGAGAAUGGGUAACAGCCUUUGACCUGUUUGUGGCCUACUUAUGGUAUUACGACCACGGGAAACUGGCCGACAAGUUCCUAAUCCACAAAGCGAACGUUUUGGCAAUCAAGGCAGAAACAACUGUGAUGACAAUCAGAAACAAAGAUGGAAGGCUUGCAAACCCGGCCAUAUGUGACAAGACCUUUGAGCAAAAUGCCCGUAUGGAUAGUGAACGCCUUAACGGCUUCCAACCCAGGUUUGGCGACAUCAAUCCAUAUGCCGACUUCGAGUGCAAGUCAAAUAUCAAUCCGAUAUCCGGUGAAUUGAUCACUCAUAGUGUUGUCCAAAACGGUACCAUCGCCAACUCCCAUCUGAGCCAUCCUAACCACCUAGGUAAACCGAACGCUAGAUCUUGGGCUUGCGCGAACCAACACUCCAACCAUUCUCCUUACCAAAAUCAACAUGUCCCUUAUGCGAGUCAGCCAGUGUACGACGGACCUGGGAGUUCGGGCUAUCACCAUUACGAGGACCGCCGUGGUGGAGGUCGUAACGUCCGUGGUAGAGGUCGAGGUGGAUUGUAUAAUGGCGGGAGUAAUAGGGAGGAGCGUUAUGAUGCCCGAGGAGCUGAAAGUGGUGGAUCUUGGCGUAAAGAUGGAGGACGCGAAGAUCACAGAGGGGGUGACCGUGACGUAGUUGGUCCUAAAUAUGGUGGCGGAGGAAAGGCAAAACGUACCUGUUACGUUGGAUUUGAACAAAAAGUUCUUCCCGGUUAG